AUGGCCCGUCGUCCCGCGAGAUGCUACCGCUACUGCAAGAACAAGCCGUACCCUAAGUCGCGCUUCAACCGUGGUGUCCCUGACCCUAAGAUUCGUAUCUUCGACCUUGGCCGUAAGCGCGCGAACGUGGACGAGUUUCCUACUUGCAUCCAUCUCGUCUCCAACGAGUAUGAGCAGCUGAGCUCUGAGGCCCUCGAGGCCGCCCGUAUUUGCGCCAACAAGUACAUGGUCAAGACCGGUGGCAAGGAAUCCUUCCACCUUCGUGUCCGCGCUCACCCCUACCACGUCAUCCGUAUCAACAAGAUGUUGUCGUGCGCUGGUGCCGAUCGUCUCCAGACCGGUAUGCGUGGUGCCUUCGGCAAGCCCAACGGUACCGUUGCCCGUGUCAACAUUGGCCAGAUCCUCCUGUCCAUCCGCACCAAGGACAACAACCGCGCCACCGCCAUCGAGGCUCUCCGCCGCUCCCAGUACAAGUUCCCUGGUCGCCAGAAGAUCAUCGUCUCCAAGAACUGGGGCUUCACUCCCCUCCGCCGCGACGAGUACAUUGCCAAGCGCCAGGCCGGUGAGGUCAAGGUCGACGGUGCCUACGUCCAGUUCCUCAGCAAGCACGGCAAGAUCGCCGAUAACAUGCGCCGCUUCCCCACCGCCUUCCAGCAGGAGGCUUAA